ACAACGAUAUGUUGGUGUAUUCAGGGCUUUUAACUCCUACGGCAGGUCGUUGAGAAAAAUUGCGAGAAUACCCAAAUGGAAAACGAGGAUGCAAGUCGUCAUAUAAUGUCGGCCAAUAAUGGGGAAUCCCAUCGGACGCGCUAAGAGCACUUCCGUUUUACAAGGAAGCAGGCUUAUUUUCAAUACGGCGAAGCUUCACUGAAUCAACGCACUGGCUACAUAUAAAGUGCUCCAAUCUUCGAAGGGAAUUUGGGAAAAACGAGAACUGAACGAGGACAGGCUCUAUAACCAAGUUAUUUCAGCUUUAAUUAUUAGAUGCCUUUCCACGAAGAAUCUGUCGGUCUGCUAACGCGUCCACUAACAUGCACGCAUGGACCCCAAUUCUCUGCCGGUGGAAGUCCAUGGGGACUCGGUUUUAUUUUGUUCACCCAGGUCGCCCAUGGCAUCAGCUACUUCGCAGUAUUUGCAGCAGUGGCACUCCGAAUCAACAUAACCUGCUUUCAUCUCUCUAAUACGGAGAUUUUAGCUCUUUCAACAUCUUUCUACGUUGUUUCCUACGUUACCAACCUGAUAGGAGGAUGGUACGCGGACACGAGGGCGGGGCGCUACUGGACCAUCUUCUUUGCAAACCUCAUCAACCUCAUAGGUUCGCUCAUGAAAACAGCUGUGGCCAUCGUUUAUAGUUACACAACGAACAAGGAGGAUUUCCCGGUCUCAGUGAUGCUGCCUAUCUAUAUUGCCUCUUUGAUGUUCAUGGCAGUAAGCCGGGGCUUCAUAUUACCGAGUAUGGUCCCAUUCGGGGCACAACAAGUCGACCAGUCAGAUGAUGCCAGACUUUCUUCAUACUUCCGUUGGACCAUCGUAUCUUUUGACAUUGGCAAAUACUUCGUCUAUUGCCCAUUGGCAUUCAUAAUCUACGUGUAUGACUUAGACCCGAUUCUGGUCUGUACCAUCGUGGAGUUAGUUGCAGAGGCCCUGGCUUGGGCUGUCCUAGUCCUUGGAAAGAGCGCGUACGUCACAGCGCCAACUACCGAAGGUGAAAAGUCGAUGAAGGAAAUCACCAAGGCCUUUUCAAAGAACAUCUUAAACCGUUCCGUUAGUCUGUCACCAGAGGACGCCAUGGAACGGAUGAGCUUAGUCCACGAGCCACCUGAUCCACAACUCAUGAAACUGCAACGUCUAAAACUCAGGAAAAUGUUCCUCAUGGGAGGCAUUUUCACCAUUGCUGGUGUUUUUUCAGCUGUCAACUUGCAGGGGACAACGACCUAUUUGGUUCAAGGCGAACAACUAAAGGGCGACUCUCCUGCCAUACCGCAUCUUUUCGUAGCUUCCUUCGCCCCUCUGACAGUGAUUGUCCUUUCCGUCCUGACGGAGGUCUAUACCUGGUGCUGCUCCAGGAGGACUGGCUAUCGCUUCUGGGAACUAAAAAUGAUAGUAGUUGGAACAAUCUUCGCUGUUUUGUCCCUGGCCAGUGCCGACUACAUUGAGAUCAUCUGGAGGAUUGGCCGGGAGGAAUGUUCCAAAUUCUGCCAGAUUCCUCAAUUCGUCUUCUUAGGUCUUGCCGAAUUCUUUUUCUACAUUCCUGGUUUUGAAUUUUGCUACAGAGAGAGCUUUGCAGGUCUUGAGAGCACCACCACAGGUUUCUUCUUCGGAGUGGGCUCAUUUUUCGCAAUGGUCAUCUUUCUCAUAUUCAUUCCUUUGGGGACAGUACCAAUGAAAAUUGGUCUUAGUGACAACAAAGGUUUCUUCCUGGAGCUGUUCUCAGCUCUUGGUGGCCUAAUGCUGCUGACAAUGCUGGUUCUCUUGUUCCCUCUAACAAUCUGGUACACCAGGGUUAGGAAGAGCCUCAAGGACAAUAACUUCAUGACAGCUAUCAUCACAACCACAGACCUGCAGCAUGUGCAAGGGACUAACCAAGACGUGGAUGACACAGUGUUACGCAAUGACAGACUUACAGAGACUGUUGAAGGGGAAUCACCGGACUUCAGUGAUCAAGACAUUGAUCUUAUGUCAAGGUAUAUCCAAGGGGAGGACCUGGUAGAUGAAAGAGAUUUAUCACCAUCCCUUGACUUGGGGCGCACUUCAGAUGAAGAUACUUAAAGGUUUAGUAUCCAAGUACCUAUGCAUUAAGCUGCACCUACAUAGUUGUUGUUUGCAAGAUCUCAGCUGAGAUCAUAGGAGCAUGUGUUUUGGUGGCUCUAAACAGGGCGGAGGACUGCAUCAAUUAGGCCUUGGACACAAGGUAUUGUUCCAGUUCCUGCAGAGGCGGAAUUACUCUAGUUUCACCAAUCUAAGACCGGUUGAUCAAUUACCAGAGCCUUCACAUGACACAUGCAUGUAAAUGCAGCAGCAGAAGGUGGCGGUGAACUACUGAUAACAUCAAUAACAACCAAAAUAAACUUAAGAAGUUUAAAUUGUCCUUUUACUGAAUGCCAUUGUAUUCAAGAGUACACGGUACACGCAAUUUGACACCAUAUAAAAGAGAAUCAACAUACAUCUAAGACCAAACUACAUUAUUCAAUUUAUUAGUUCUUGAUCGUCAAUUGCCACCAUAAUGAGGCCAUAACCAAUACAUUAGUUUGGUGGACCCUACAAAUUUUUACUAUAAAAAGCUGUGAUGGAAAUUACUGGUGUUAUAAACCACCAUACAUGGUGGCAAA